AACGCGUUAGCAUGUAACAUCUGUGUGUCCAUCACUGCAGGAGAGCGUUUGGCAAGUCGAACAUACUGAUCCUCCUCAGCAAUCUCAGGCGUGGCUCGUGAGGCACACACUGACACACGUCCUCACGGAGCGGCUCGCACGGGCCGUGGAGGGGGUCCUGGUCUAUGCCGCCCAGAUCUGCCUCGGUGUGCGGCCUGCCGAGUAUCUUUGCUUGUUGGUGCGCGUCACAGCAAAGUGCGGCAAGUGUAUCGACUGGGUAGGUCAUGAGGAUGGUGUUGAGGUACUCGAAGGCUGCGGGGCCGUAGAGGUCGACGUAGCUCCCUGCAAACGUCGUCAGCUUGGUCCGCGACUCACCUCGCCCACCACUCUGCAUGCACGCGUAUGUAUGCACAUAUGUCAUCCGACAGGCAGGGCCGUGCAGGGAGGGAGGGAGGCAAGCAAGUAGGUAGGUAAAAGGUGGUCAGUCAGUCAGGCAGUCAGUCAGUCAAGGAGACUCAGCCCAUACAUGCAGUAGUAUGUGUGACCGCGUGUCCAAACGUUUGUACGUACGUACCUGCUGCAGCUGCUUCAUGCAGUGCUCCAUCGGCUUGCCCAUGAGCAUCCCGUUGUUGCCAACAGCUAUCAGGUGACUCCCUGUCCACACAAACAGACAAGCCAACCAUCACACCGACACUACACUACACCCACUCGGCCCCUCACUCUUUUCUGCCUCCAUCUAUCCAUCUGUGUAUCUAUGUAUGUGUUGACUGACUGACUCUAGGUAGGUAGGUGGGUAGGUGGGUUGGGUGGCUGUCUGCCACGUUCCCACUUACAUACAUACAUACCUGCCUGAAUGCCUGCCUUGGCGGCUGGCGAGUCAGGAACAACGUAGGCAACACGACACCCGCCUAUUAGUACACACCCACCACACCACACCGCACCACACCACAGCACACCACAGCACAGCACACCAACAGGCUCUUGACGCAAGGAGACGUAUUUGUAUGUAUUUGUGAUUGUGUGACCAUCUAUCUGUCCGCUUGGCCUGUCUGUCUGCCUGCCUGCCUGACUGCUUGUCUCCUCUGGCUGACCGAGAUGUUGUGGGUUUGGAUCGAUGGCAAAGCCGCUUGGCUUGUCAAUUGUGUUGGUCACAGCACCAGGCAAGAACUUCAACAAAGCCUGACCAACCCACCCAAAAUGGGACAAUACCCUCCUCGCCCUGCCCAUUGUGCCUGGGUGUAUGUAUGUAUCUGUGGAUCGCAUCGCAUCGCAUCGCGCACCGGCACGUUGUGGUCAGUGUUCUUGGCAGCGAUGGCCUGGGCAAGCGCCUGGUGGGUGGAGUGGACGCACACACACGUGAUUCGAUACAGACAGACAGACAGACAGGUGCGUCUGGUCUGGAUGGACGUAUGUGUGUAUGUAUGUUGCAACAGCCAACAGCCCCCUCCGUAUGAAUAUCCAUCCACCCCACUUACCUCGUAGGGUACCCUAAUGUCCUCCAGGAGGGCUGGUGGGGGCAUCAGGGACAGGGCUAUCGCAUACGCAUUCUUGGCCUGCAUCCCACGCACACACACAGUGAGCAAGCAAGCAACCAAGUGAAUCCGCUCUCACACACACACACACACACACAUAGGCAGGCAGGCAGGCAGGCAGGUCACUGACAGGCAGUGCAGUCGGUCCUGCCUGCCUCUCCCUUUCGAUGGAUGGCACUCACCUUCCAGAAGUCUCUGCUACACCGAUACGCAUCGCCCAACCUACACAUCCAUCGACCACACACCAAGUGCAUCCAUCCCAUCCAUGCAUCCGUCCAUCCAUCCAUCGUCACAUCCCCGACUGACCUUUGCCAUGCGAGGGGCAUGUUAGGUGCCGCACGGACGGCAUCGAGGGCGCACGACUCUGCCAAAUUGCUCUCAGUGCCCACACCCGUCAACAUGGCCUGCACACAUAGAUACACUCAUGCAUACAAACAAUACAUGUAUGCAUGUUCAUGGAGGGGGGGAUGCAGUCAGUGUGGGUGGGUGUGGGUGUGAGUGUGGGUGUUGGUGUGGGUGGGACCAGGCAUUGGUAGGCAAUGAGUUCUGCCCUCAGUGGGCAGAUGGCGGGCAGGAACUUGAGCAGCUCACUAACGCCCCCAGUGUUGGUCUUCUCCCCCACAAAGAUCUUCUCUAUCGCUAAACACGACAAGCAACGGUUGUGUGCGGCACACACACAGAUAGAGAUGGAUGGAUGGACAUUCGCGCAUGUCCUGGCCUGCCUUGGUUUCCUACCUCUCUCUGUCGAGUCAAAUGCUGUGGCGAACGACAUGCUGUACCUCCUGCAUGCCAUGCAUCCACGACAAAGACAGACAGACAGACAGACACACACACAGGCAGGCGGUCAGUCACUUAGUCUAUAUCUGUGUGCUGUGCUGUGCUGUUUGUGUCGAUAUGUAUAGAUAUCCCCCCGCCCUCCCAUGUCCCUCCCCCCUCAACCCACUUGUGGUUGAUGUCACUGGCGAGGCUAAGGACGUCGUUGACAGUGAAUAUGUGUGUGUAGUGGACCAGAGUGCCGUUGGCGAACCUGAGAGUGGCCUCCACCUCCAGCCCCCGCUUGCCGAGCCCGUGGCCCUCACCCAUCAGACCCCUCUUCUCCCCAGGCACCCGCUCAUCCACACCCACACCCACACUCGGCCUGCCUCCCCUACUCUCACUACUCACUGGGCUGGCGCUGCUACCUGCAUGCCUGUCGCCUGUGGCUGCUGAGGUGGCCCGUCGGCGGACCAUGACGGAGGGCUGAUUUGAGAGCCUCACAGAGCCAUCAUCCCCAUGGCCACCCCCUGUCGACGGGCUGGCGGCCCUGGGGUGGCCGCCAUACUCGUAUGCGUAUGCCUUGUCGUACGGGUCACUGUAGGCGGCCAGUAUGUGGGUGUCCAAGACAUCCUGGCGCUGCAAGGCUUCCACUUCGAGCUGCUGUGCCUGUGUCUUGGACAUGCCCUUUGUCCAGAUGUAGAAGCGCUCCUGGCCCUUGGCCUUGCGCGCCUUGACCACCCUGGGGCUGGGGUGCUCCCUGCUGUCGUACACGGCAUCGUACACCACACUGUCGGGACUCAGCAAGGCAGACGAGAUGUUGACGAGAGGCGGCAGGGGGCCUGGUUCCAACAUGCUGGGCGGGUAACACCAAGAUGCAAAGGACGAGGGCGCUACCAUGGCCGUGGCCGUGGCCGCUGACGAGUCGUUGCCUCCCACCUCUCUCAUCCUGCUACUGCUGCUGCUGCUGGUGGUGGGUGUGGCUGUAGAGUGUGAGUGCAGCGGUGGUGUGUUGGCCCAUAGGGGGUCGGCGAUGUGUAUUCUGUAGUGGGGGUAGUUGUACAGGAGGGUCUGGAGGAUGUUCUUGUAGUGCUCCAGCCUCAGGGUCUCCCACAAACUCACAUCACCACCAGAGUCCCUAAACCGAAGCGAUAGGUCCGCGGGAACCACCAGAGAAUACUCGCCGUCACUACCCGACUCUCGUGGAAGCCCGCCAGCGCCGCCAGCCAGGAGGGCAGUGGCACCUCUAGACUCAUCAGAUUCAUCGGCUGACCGCUGCAAUGAUGUCUGUGAUGAUGGUGGUUCACGGCCCGUGGCGUCCGCCGGCUCCAUCUCAGCUGUCGGUGUGGAUGCCGAUACCAUAGCGGGUCCGUCAACGACAAGCUGGGGUGGCGCGAGCCGCCGCCGCUUCAAGUGGUGGCGGGCGUGACGCACUGGCUGCCUCAGAGGUGGAGAGAUGAAGGCUGCGGCUGAUGUGUCGUGAUGCAGUGGGAAGAGGUUGGCCAGUGAGGCAUCGAUGAAGCAGACAAGGGACAGCAGACACCCCAUGGUGGAUGGACAGACGUGGGCGUGCAAUGACUCGUGCAUCUGCAGUCGCACCAUCAACAGCCACGUCCUCCCCAUGAGUCAGUCAACAGGCCAAAUGCCACAUCGACACAUCAACAGACUUCUUUCGGGCGGCAGAUCUGGGAAACAAGGGGUCUCGUCCGCCUGCCUCCCUGGCUC